CCGCGCUCAUUCAGUUAAGAGAAUGUCUGCCUGCGGUGCGUUUGUAUGUGUAUAUCAGAUCUUGUGUGGAGACGUUUGAUUCUGUCGCGUCUACUGUUUUCUGAUUGGAACGAGAGGAAAAUUACCGACGAGAUUGUAUAAUCCUAUUUGAUGAUCGAUUUCCCCAGAAUUCAGAAGCAUAUUUUUCUCUCUCUCCUCUCAGCGCCAGCCUGUCAACAUUUGUGAGGGUGGUGGUUCAAAGUGUCUAUUCGAGGGGGAAGUCUAAAACAAGUGAAGGUUAUUUUUGACCGUGUGUCUGGAGUGGAGGAAAAGUUUCCGUUGGAAAAGGAUUAUGAAGAGAGAGCCACGCAGCUGAGACACAGGUGACUGAAGACGAGUCUGACUGUCACACCCUUCUAGGAGGCCUCCAAACCUUCCUCGUCCCCGUCCCUUUACCCCCCUUCCUCCCCCUCUCCCGGCAUGGAUCUAAAGGACCGUCGGGGGCAGCAGCACCAGCAGCGCUCUCUGACCAGGGCUCGUUAUGGUAAAGACCCCCAAUACACCACCUCUUCCCUGGACACGGAGGAGUGCCGCGUGACCACUCAGAAGUCCUACAGCUCCAGUGAGACGCUCAAGGCCUUCGACCACCACGACCAAAGGCUGGUCUACGGGGGCUGCACUGUAGCUGAUCUGGUGCACCACAAGGCAGAUGAGUACAACAGGCAAGGCGGUCACUUCCACACGCUGGCUGAACUUGGUGUGUGCGACCCAGCGCCUGUUCACCCUGCAGCCCCAACCUACUGUCCUGAGAUGGGCCUGCUCCAGAGGGGCUACUCCCUCAGUGCGGGGUCAGACCCUGAUGCAGACUCUGACCCAGAGGGGCACCUGUCCCCAGAGAGAGCCAUCCAGCUGUGGGGAGGAGGAACACUAGGAGGACCAGGAGGAGGGGGGAAGAGCAGACACAGCUCAGGACUGUCCAGCAGAGAAAACUCAGUGCUCACACUCACUGACUCAGACAAUGACUACAAGUCUGACCAUGAAUCAGCAUACCUGGAGGAUGAUGAGGAUGAAGACCCAUACAGUGACCGUAUCAUCAUGUCUGUGAGUGUGCCUGUGAGUGUGCCUGGAGCUGUGGGUGCUGUGGGAGCUGUGGGUGCUGUGGGAGCUGUGGAUGCUGUGGGUGCUGUGGGAGCUGUGGGUGCUGUGGGAUUUGUGGGAGCUGUGGGUGCUGUGGGUGCUGUGGGAGCUGUGGGUGCUGUGGGAGCUGUGGGAGCUGUGGUGCUGUGGGAGCUGUGGGUGCUGUGGGAGCUGUGGGUGCUGUGGGAGCUGUGGGUGCUGUGGGAGCUGUGGUGCUGUGGGUGCUGUGGGAGCUGUGGGUGCUGUGGGAGCUGUGGGUGCUGUGGGUGCUGUGGGAGCUGUGGGUGCUGUGGGAGCUGUGGUGCUGUGGGAGCUGUGGGUGCUGUGGGAGCUGUGGGAGCUGUGGGUGCUGUGGGAGUUGUGGGUGCUGUGGGAGCUGUGGUGCUGUGGGUGCUGUGGGAGCUGUGGGUGCUGUGGAAGCUGUGGGUGCUGUGGGAGCUGUGGGUGCUGUCGGAGCUGUGGGUGCUGUGGGAGCUGUGGGUGCUGUGGGAGCUGUGGGUGCUGUGGUGCUGUGGGUGA